UAUCAGUUCCGGAAGCUCCCGUUUGAUUGGGGCACCCCGGGCCUAGAUCCCGAAAACCGGGCGGGCGUGGCUCGCGCGGCCACCAAUUCAAGACGUCAGCGUCCAAGACCUGGGGUUUGUUCCGGCUCCGGAACUCUGGGGAGGGCGGUGUUGGCGGCUCUGCCGGCCUCCCAACGCGCGGGGGCGCUGUGGGCGCGGCGUGGCCUCACGGGAACUGGGCGUUCCUUUACCAAGCGCCUUCUGGGCUUCUGUCCUUACCCACGUGUGUGUGUUAUCCCGGCAAGAUUUUUCGAACAAAAUGCCCAAACUCAAAGCAGCCCGUGGGGCCGGGGCUUCGGAGAAACAUGCGCCUCUGGCCGAGCAGAUCCUGGCGGGGAACGCGGUGCGCGCCGGCACGCGGGAGAAGCGGCGGGGCCGCGGAACCGUGGACGAGGAGGAAGAGUAUGUGGGGCCCCGGCUGAGCCGACGGAUCCUACAGCAAGCCCGGCAGCAGCAAGAGGAGCUGGAGACCGAGCACGGCACCGGGGACCGGCUCGACAAGCCUCGCGAGCGCGCCACGCGGCUCGGCCCUGGCCUGCCCCAGGAUGGGUCAGAGGAUGAGGAUGAAGAGUGGCCCACCCUGGAGAAGGCGGCCACGAUGACAGGGGUGAACCCCCAUGCAGAGGUGGUUGUAGACCCUGAAGACGAGCGAGCCAUUGAGAUGUUCAUGAACAAGAACCCUCCUGCCAGGCGCACCCUGGCUGACAUCAUCAUGGAGAAGCUGACUGAGAAGCAGACAGAGGUCGAGACAGUCAUGUCAGAGGUGUCAGGCUUCCCAAUGCCCCAGCUGGACCCCCGGGUGCUGGAGGUCUACAGAGGCGUCCGGGAGGUGCUGUCCAAGUACCGCAGCGGGAAACUGCCCAAGGCGUUUAAGAUUAUCCCUGCCCUCUCCAAUUGGGAACAGAUCCUGUAUGUCACGGAGCCAGAGGCCUGGACUGCGGCUGCCAUGUACCAAGCCACCAGGAUUUUUGCUUCUAACCUGAAAGAACGCAUGGCCCAGCGCUUCUACAACCUCGUUCUGCUACCCCGGGUUCGAGAUGACAUUGCUGAAUACAAGCGACUCAACUUCCACCUCUACAUGGCACUCAAGAAGGCCCUGUUCAAGCCUGGAGCCUGGUUCAAAGGCAUCCUGAUCCCACUGUGUGAGUCAGGCACUUGUACCCUCCGGGAAGCCAUCAUCGUGGGCAGCAUCAUCACUAAGUGCUCCAUCCCUGUGCUGCACUCCAGUGCGGCCAUGCUGAAGAUUGCUGAGAUGGAGUACAGUGGGGCAAACAGCAUCUUCCUGCGACUGCUGUUGGAUAAGAAGUACGCACUGCCCUACCGCGUGCUGGAUGCACUUGUCUUCCACUUCCUGGGCUUCCGGACAGAGAAACGUGAGCUGCCCGUGCUCUGGCACCAGUGCCUGCUCACACUGGUCCAGCGCUACAAGGCUGACUUAGCCACAGAUCAGAAAGAUGCCCUACUGGAACUGCUCCGUCUACAACCCCAUCCACAGCUGUCCCUCGAGAUCAGACGAGAGCUUCAGAGCGCAGUCCCUCGUGAUGUGGAAGAUGUCCCCAUCGCCAUGGAUUAAAGAAAGCAGUCCUUAUGUCCCUGGGCAUGGGGGAGCACCAGGACUCCUGCAGGUGACUAAAGGUCACGCUGAAGACCAGGGCAGUGACAGGUCACAGGGGCACACAGUGCCAGGCCAGGGCAGAGAGGCCUGAGGGUCUUGUCUGGCUCCCUUCUCCAUUCUGCUCCCUUCAGAGCUGCUGAGAUGAACGGAGCAGCAUUCCUACUCUCUGCUCUCCUGGCAGCUCAGGGACUUGGUUCACUGGGAUGUGGGUGAAAAAAAAGGAAGGUAUUUAUUGAAUGUGUGUCCUGCUGCAGUUGAUGGGUCUUUGUGCUUCUUUGUAGCUGGAGGGGUCACUCCACUUCCCUCAGGAAGUGGGUUUUGUCUCAGGACUGGGUUUUGGCCGUUUACACAACAGCCCACCUCAACCCCAAAGCCUGCUUCUCCGGGCUGCAUUCCUCCUGUCAUCCCCCAGGGGGCCAUUCUCUGCUUUCUCCUCCCAAGACACAGGCUCUUUGAGUAGGACACCCACAGUUGGUAGUGAUGGCUGGGCUGUGGAUGAGAGAGGACAACAGUGCAGAGGAAAGACAGAUCCAUAGAUAACGUAGGGUCGGCCCCAAACAGGUCCCCUUCCUAGACUUCUGACCAAUGAAAGCUUUAGACUAGAAUUGGGCAUUGUGAUACCAGCAUCCCAUACUGGAGUAGUCCCAUUCGAGUCCCAGCUAUUCUACUUCCAGUCCAGCUCCCAGUUAAUGCACUGGAAAGGCAGCGGAAAGUGGCCUGAGUGCCUGAGCCUCUGCCACGAGCAUGGGAGACCUAGACAGAAUUCCAGGCUCCUAGUUCCAGCCUGGCCCAGACCUGGCUGUUACACCCACCCUUCCAGUGGGUGGAAGGAAGAUCUGCCUCUACCUCUCUGAUGCUCCACCUUUCACAUCAUAACAACAACAAUGAACAUUUGACUAGUGGUUAGCAAAUUUGGGCCAAAUUGCAUGUUCUUGUAUAGCUUAUGGCCUAGUAAGAAUAUAUGUGGUUUUGAAUCACUGGUGUGUUGGGGGGAUUUAUGGAGCAUUUUGACAGGUAAGAAUUAGGUGAGGUUCA